AUGUAUUCGGCGGAAUUCUCACGAACUUUCUGCUCCACCGCAGUGAAUCAUUUGGGCACAGAGAACGUGUUGGUUCCAUUUGUGAUGAUGAAUGCUCUCUAUGUGUUCAUCAAUUAUUACCAUCUACCGGAAACAGCUGAGAAAACACCACAGGAAGUUGCCCUGCACUUUUCCCCCAAUCCUCCAUUCGAGUCAUCAAUCGCUUGGCUUUCUCGGAAAUACCAUGAAAUCUCCCUUUCGAUCAUUCCUGCAAAGCUUUUCUCCCUCUCCACUCUGAUCCAGUUGCUAAUUUUCAUCACUCAAUUAACUGGACCGGGAAGACUUGGGCUCAAU